UCGCAGGUUGUUAGUUUGUAUGUCUGUACUACCUAAUGUAGAGGCAGCAGAAGUGAUUACAAUGGAAACUUCUACAAUGGAUUUCUUUUCGUCGACUGUUCCAAAUUAUAUGGACACAGUAGAGUGUGAAAAUUGCUGCGAGACACGCCAACAUGGAUAUGUCAUCGUUAAUGCAGAAGUUAUACAAGAUGACUGCCCUAGUUCGUCGACAUUCAUGCCGAUUUCAUCUACCGUUUCAACAACAGACUUUUCAAGCACCUUAUCGUUUGGAACAUCUGAAUUGCCAACCUCGUCUCUUAGACCACCUUCAACAACCACUACUUUCGUCACAGUUACACCUUCUUCGACAAAUUCACCAACAAUCUCUUCCAUUUCAACUUUAAAUAGCUCAUUAUCUACUUCAUCCACAAGAUCUUCAACAAAACCUUCUUCAACUAGUUCAUCAACUCCUAGAAAUACUCGUCCAUCUUCCUCUCCGAUACGAAGUUCUUCAAAACUAUCAACUAUAUUAUCUAGCAGCAUUAUUUCUUCUUCACAGCCAUCAUCACAUUCUACAUCUUAUCCGUCCUCCAUGUUUCCCUCAUCUGCUGGUCCAAGCUCUACACUACCUGACUUUUCGUGCGGUGUUGGAGAGAUUUGCUGUGAAACAAGAACCAUUGGACAUGUUAUCGUGCUAGCUGAGGUAAUUGGCAAUCAAGAUGGGCUCACAUCUAUACCUCCAUAUAGUUCCACAACAUCAUCGUCUUAGAGGUUUACAACCAAGGCAAACUUUGUCUUAAUAAAUGUUAUUCUGGACCUGAUAUCAUCAAGGCUGGAGGGACUCACCUGUAAUUUAUCUAAAAGUAUCAAACUUUCGAGAGAAAAAAAAAUAUGAAAAGGACUGCGGACAUUUAAAUUUCAUCUAUACAUCUGAUUUAAUUUUGUGUGGUGCUAUGGUUAAUAAGACAUUUUUCCUCAGAAUAACGGGUUAUACGGAAUAUAUUUGAGCCGCGCCAUGAGAAAACCAACAUAGUGGCUUUGCGACCAGCAUGGAUCCAGACCAGCCUGCGCAUCCGCGCAGUCUGGUCAGGAUCCAUGCUGUUCGCUUUCAAAGCCUAUUACAGUUAGAGAAACCGUUAGCGAACAGCAUGGAUCCUGACCAGUCUGCGCGGAUGCGCAGGCUGGUCUGGAUCCUU